UUAGCGAAAUACCUAUAUCUUUGAACAAGAGUGUGAAAUACCAAUAAUUGUCCAAACAAAACGUAAACUUCCGUAAAUUUGCGGUAUGAGGGUCUUGAUAAAUACAAAGGUAACGUUUCCUAUAUUAACAAACGCAGUCGACUGAUUCAUAGCCCCAUGUCAGCGCCAGUUUAAACAAUUAUCACAUGUGUAUUUAUUUAUAACAAAAUACGCGACUAUUUGGAGAUAAUAGCUCAAACCUUCAACCGUAUAAACACUACUCAAAAAGGCACAAGUGAUUAACACCUUGAGAUUCACGUCAAAUAAAAAUUAGACGUUAUUAACUAAGUAAGUAUAUAAUCUAGAUUCUGCACGCAUGGUCUCAUAACGAAUCCAAACUUACUAGAGAAAAGAUUGUACAAAUUAUUCAACACCACAUGAUGAGGUUAUCGGUUAUGAUUGCUUUAGCGGUGUUAGAAUCAAUAGCCGCCAGACCAGAGAUAACUCGAGAUGUUAAGAUUGAAUUGCCUGGAAGUGAAAAAAUUAAUCGCCGAUCACCUCAGGAGCGAUACUAUUCACGCUACAGCCCAGCUCGAGACAAAUCAUCCGAAGAAUACUUUUAUGUUUCGAAGAGAUCACAACCAAACAACGAUGAAAGCGGUUUAGGGCUCAAUCCGCUUUUGCAUGUGAAAUCGGAACCGCUUGGAGCAGGUUCGACGCUUGAUGAACAAAAAGAGGAUCCGAUGACACCGGAGGAAACCGGAAUUGUUUAUGUUCCACUUUUCGGUGCAAAGGACAGAGAUGGCGUUAAGGGUCGGGUCAGAAGGUCUAACAAUGAUAACAAAAAAGGUGUCAUUGGAACCCCCGCCGAUUUAGAAACUGCGGAAGACAUUGUUUUCAGACCGCUGUUCAGGCAUAAGCAGCGAUUGCGACAAUCGAAUUCGGAGAGCAUUUUUGGCAGCAGAUUGGUUUUCCAAAAUCAGUACUCUUAAUUCAUCAUUGGAAGCGGGGAGGUCCAAUAAGUCUGAUUGUUAUCGAUAUGUGUAUAUAACUAUUAUGUCCAUUCUUAGUAUUUAAGUUAGUUCUUUUGUAAAGUUGACUGAAUUUAUUGUAUUGUUAAAUCUUUUUAGUUCAAUACAGAGAUGAACUGAC